GCUCCAACAGAAGACUCAACUACAGACUCAAUGCCAUCUACUAGUAAGUCUUCUGAGGAAACCCAGCCAAUUUUUUGGAACGUACCAGCAACCAAAAUUCUACUAGCUGAAAUAAAAAAAAGAGAUGAUGCAACACAAAAAGGGAAAAACACAAAGAAGAAAAUGUGGUUAUGCAUAGCAGAAGAACUAGCAUCUAAUGGAUACAAGUUUACCUGGGAACAGGUGAUGGGGAAAUGGAAAACAUUAAUUACAGCCCUGAAAAGAACAAGAGACCACAACAACCGAUCUGGUGCUGAUAAGAAGUCGUGUGCUUUCCAGGAAGAACUGGAGGAAAUUCUCGGUGGAAAUCCUACAAUAGAACCAAGCACCACAUCAGGUACGAAAAUCUUAAAUACGUGUCAUAAAAGAAAGGUAGAUGAAGUUGUCAAUGACAAUGACAAAGUUGAUGAAGUCGACAACGAUAAUGACAAAGAAACGGAACCUGUUCAGCCCCCUAAAAAUGAAAAGAAGCGUAGAAGUGGUCCUUCUCCUGACGUUGUAGAUUUUUUGAAACAAUACAUGGAGGAACAAAAAAAGGAAAGAGAAGAAGAAAAAGCUGAGAAAGCUAGAAUGCACAGUGAGAAAAUGAAUAUGUUUAGGGAACUAAUUAAUGAGAUGAAAAAAUAA